AUGUUCACUACUUGUGACCUGCUUAUCGUGUAUUUCCCCGAUCCUCCGUCGCAAACGGUGUCGUCUCUGGGCCAACUCGACCUAUCGUUUUCAAGCACCCGCGUUCAUGAGACCCAAUCGCAUCACUCUCGUCAAGGCCGCGACUCUAAGGGAUGUUCGGCAGGUGCCAUAUGACCCAAGGAGAGGACACCUGGUGAGCCUGCACGGUGAACAGUACUUCGCCUUCAAACGAGAAGUACGCUCUUGUCAAGCGAUUCAAGUAUGGUCAAGACAUACAACUCCCUCACCCCUGAACAGGUCGACUUCUUCUUGGAAACCGGCUACGUCGUCAUCAAGCAGGCCUUUACAAAAGAGAAGGCCGCUGAAUGGACGAAGGGGAUGUGGACACGCCUUGGUCUCGACCCAAAUGACAAGUCGACCUGGGAUCGGGAGCGUAUUCACAUGCCAUGGCACAAGCGCGAGGUCGUAUCCGCCUUCGCGCCGAAGGCAUGGGAGGCGAUCAAGGACCUCCUAGGCGAAGAGCGCAUCGACGAAGCGAGCAGCUCCUGGGGCGACAGCUUCAUCGUGAACCUUGGUGCGGCUCAGUACGAGGGCGACGUGCACAUUGAUCCGCGCGACCUCGACAACUGGCACGUCGACGGCGAUUUCUUCGUGCACUUCCUCGACUCGCCUGAGCAAGCGCUGCUCGUCAUCCCGCUCUUCUCCGACAUCAAGCAUCGCGGCGGCGCGACCUACAUCUCGCCUGACGGCAUCGAUCUCGUGGCGCCGUACCUCGCCGCUCACCCCGAGGGAUGUCUCCCUACAGGUCUCUCGUUCACCCCCAGCACGAGCACGUACGACAAUCCGAAGGACCACCCCGAGCACCUCGACUUCCUCAAGGAGGUUAAGGGAUGCCAGCGCUUCGCCGAGAUGACUGGCGAAAUCGGCGACGUCGUACUCUUGCACCCGCUCAUGCUCCACACGGCGUCCAAGAACCACCUCCGCGAGGCACGCAUUAUCACGAACCCGCCCGUGUCACUGAAGGAGCCAUUUGACUUCAACCGCGAGAACCCGGACGACUUCAGCCUCGUCGAGUUGAAGACGCUGAAGGCGCUUGGGGUUGACCGCUUGGAUUUCAAGCCGACCACGGAGCGAAGGCGGGUUGUGCCGAGGCGGGUGUUGCUGCAGCAGAAGAUGCUCGAGGAAGAGAGGAAGCGUCUGGAGGCUCUGAAGACAACUGAGCAGGUUGUCAGUGUCUCGAGUGUCGCACCGCCCAUCGCAGUUGCUUGACAGGUUGACUGUGAAAGCAUGUCAAUAGGAGUAUAUCUGCAAUACAU